AUGACCACCAGCAGCCGCACAUGUCCAGUGCCAGCAGUGAAUGGACAUAUGACUCACUAUCCAGCAGCACCAUACCCACUACUUUUCCCUCCAGUCAUCAGUGGACUGUCACUGCCUUCCCUGCGUGGGCUCCAGAGCCACCCACCAACAAGCGGGUGCAGCACACCGUCACCUGCAGGCAUUGUUGUCAGAGAGCUUUCGGUUCAUCAAAGGCCUUUUUGUGGAGAGGGGACACUGCAUCCAUUAAAGCAAUUGAGAUUGAAUCAGACAGUUGAAACUCAGAGCACCAGUUCUGAGGAACUUGUUCCGAGCCCUCCUUCACCACUUCCACCCCCUCGUGUUUACAAGCCCUGUUUUGUCUGUCAAGACAAGUCAUCUGGAUAUCACUAUGGUGUCAGUGCUUGUGAGGGAUGCAAGGGCUUUUUCCGCAGAAGUAUCCAGAAGAACAUGGUUUACACAUGUCACAGAGAUAAAAACUGUGUUAUCAAUAAAGUCACCAGAAAUCGCUGUCAGUACUGCAGACUACAGAAGUGCUUUGAAGUGGGAAUGUCCAAAGAAUCUGUCAGAAAUGACAGGAAUAAAAAGAAGAAGGAACCUUCAAAGCAGGAGUCCACAGAAAACUAUGAAAUGACAGCAGAGUUGGAUGAUCUCACUGAGAAGAUCCGAAAAGCUCACCAGGAAACCUUCCCCUCACUCUGCCAACUGGGAAAAUACACCACAAACUCCAGCGCAGACCAUCGGGUUCGACUGGACCUCGGGCUCUGGGACAAAUUCAGUGAACUUGCAACCAAGUGCAUUAUUAAAAUAGUGGAGUUUGCAAAGCGCCUGCCAGGCUUCACCGGUUUGACCAUUGCAGACCAGAUCACUCUACUUAAAGCAGCCUGCCUGGAUAUCUUGAUCCUUAGAAUUUGCACAAGAUAUACACCAGAACAAGACACCAUGACCUUUUCAGAUGGCCUUACCCUAAACCGAACUCAGAUGCACAACGCGGGAUUUGGCCCUCUGACCGAUCUCGUGUUCACCUUUGCCAACCAGCUCCUGCCUUUGGAAAUGGAUGAUACAGAAACAGGCCUCCUUAGUGCCAUCUGCUUGAUCUGUGGAGAUCGCCAGGACCUUGAAGAACCAAUGAAAGUGGAUAAGCUUCAGGAACCAUUGCUGGAAGCACUGAAAAUUUAUAUCCGAAAGAGACGACCCAACAAGCCUCACAUGUUCCCAAAGAUCUUAAUGAAAAUCACAGAUCUUCGUAGCAUCAGUGCAAAAGGUGCAGAACGUGUCAUUACAUUGAAAAUGGAAAUCCCUGGAUCGAUGCCACCUCUUAUUCAGGAAAUGCUGGAGAACUCUGAAGGACAUGAGCCACUGACACCAACCUCAAAUGGAAAAGCUGCCGACCACAGUCCCAGUAUCUCGCCUAGUUCAGUGGAUAACAGCAGUGUCAGUCAAUCACCUAUGGUGCAAUAA